AUGAAUUCUAAAACUAAAAGAAUUAAAUUAGAGAACUCAAACGUGGAUUUUAUCAAACCAGAAUGGUUCCAUUUACCAGCCCAUCUACAGGUCGAUUCACCAUUACAGAAACUGAAACGCAGAAUGGCCAAUCGAGAUAAUAUUGUUGAUCAGACCAAGAAAUCAUAUACCGAGUCGAGAAAAGAAGCCGCGGAUUUAAGAAAACAUAUUUUAAACCUCGUGAAAUGCGACGAACUCGUGAAAGAUGACUCGAUCACACCCAAUGAUACAGAAUGCAAUCUAAUCCGAUACUAUUAUUAUAUUCACCAAGGUGUAGAUAUCAGUAAUAUCGCUCCAUUGGAUAAAUACUGCUUGGAGAACAUCCUUCGUAGAGCUCCUGGUCGAGCAAUGUGUCGCAAAGAAAUCAUCAAUGGGUUAAUUAACGAGAUAAACGUAUGUUUGACCAUAUUUCAUGUUACGAUGCUUUUUCCUCAGGACGAUUUUUAUUUCGCUAUCAAGAAAUCUGUCAUUGAUUUCACUUUGCAAGAUUAUAAUUGUAAAAAUGCCCCUGUGUUGCCGGAGCCUAAAUAUUCGCUGGAUGAGAUCAAUAUUAGGAAAGAGUAUUUUAAUAAGAUCAAAUGUAAAAUUCGCAAGAAUUUGUUCAUUAUUCAUCCUACUAUCGUUAAAAUUGGCCAUUUAUGGUAUUUACAGUACAGGUUAGGUGUUAUAUUACCUUCUCGAGUAGAUUGAUUAUCUCGCACGAGAAUUUUAUUCGAUGGUGUGUGUUUUUUUGGUAGAAAUUUGAGAAUUAUUAACGUAGCUGAAUUAUACGAAUCGGAUGCUCUAGACUUGAACCAAUUCAAAGACUGGUUAUCGUCUCAGUGUAAACUUUGCAGAGGCAUUAUUGAUGAGAAAUGGAUACCUUCGGUUUUCAAAAUCAUCGUUAAUGUGAGUUUUUGACUGAGAUAUUUUUUGACCUGGCAACAGUGUUUGAGAGCUGAUCAAUUCAUUUUUUUAUUUGUAUGUAGGCCACGAAGAGAAAAAUACUGACGAACAUACCUCAGAAAAAAUUAUCCAAGUUUUACGAAACUUUAUCCACUCUGAUGACUCUGCAGUUUCAGACCCUGUGUUUGAAAACUAUCUACGAGUAUACAGAGUUUAUUUACGAUGUCAAGGUAUUCUUUCGGUUUUCACUUCAGCCAUUUUCUGGUUCUUUAUUUUUCAUGAUCGUCUCUGUCGACAGAA